CCGGAGUCGUUCAGUACGCGGCCGACCACGAAGUCGUCGACGUCGGCUCGUGUAUUCUCUCCCGACACAACCGCGUGUGCAUUCGUCACUCGAGACUCGCCGCUUCUGGCGGGUUGAUUGUCGCAGUGAUUUAUUCUCGUGGCUUUGCAAGACAAUGUUCGCGUGAGUCGAAACGAGUGAGACACUGAGUUUAGGUGGACGGCGCGCAGCUACUUGGAUUGCACAUUGUUGAAACUUCACAUUUUUCAGGCGACAUGGUGUACCACUGGCAAAGUCAAAAUGUCAAGAUCUCCGGGGUGGACGACAUGGUACUUCUGCCGAAGAUCAACGAGGACGCGAUCAUUGAGAACCUCAAGAAGAGAUACAUGGACGACUACAUAUUCACAUGCAUCGGACCCGUACUGGUAUCGGUCAAUCCUUUCAAACAGAUGCCGUAUUUCGGAGAAAAGGACGUCGAGUUGUAUCAGGGCGCGGCGCCGUACGAAAAUCCACCUCACAUUUAUGGAUUGGCAGAUGAAAUGUACAGGAACAUGUUGAUCGACAACGAGAGUCAGUGCGUCAUUAUCAGCGGUGAGUCCGGCGCUGGGAAAACGGUCGCUGCGAAAUACAUAAUGUCCUACGUGGCGAGGGUGAGCGGCGGAGGUAAGAAAGUGCAGAGGGUGAAGGACAUAAUUCUGGAAUCAAAUCCGCUUCUGGAGGCGUUCGGUAACGCGAAGACUAUGAGGAACAAUAACAGCAGUAGAUUUGGAAAGUACGUCGAAAUGCAAUUCGGAUCGGGCGGUCAGCCAAAUGGUGGCAAAAUUUCGAAUUUUCUUCUCGAAAAGUCGAGAGUGACGUGUCACAAUCCGGGCGAGCGAAAUUUUCACAUAUUUUACCAACUGGUGACAGGCGGCAAUCAAAUAAUGAAGACGGAAUUCGGGUUGACGGAUCUCGAUUAUUAUCAAUAUUUGAGUUACGGCGGCAAUCACAGAGUGGACGGCACAAACGACGCGCGGGACUUUCAGGAAACCCUGAAAGCACUGAACGUUAUGGGAAUACAAGACGCAGAAGUAAUGAAUAUAUUCAGAUUGGUCGCCGGAAUUCUUCACUUGGGAAACAUACAUUUCGCUGAAAACGGCAAUUAUUCGCAAAUAGCCGACAAACAAUUUCUAGAGUUUCCAGCCUACCUCUUCGAGAUCUCGGUUGAGCAGCUGUCGCACAAAUUGAUCUCCAGGCAAUUCGAGUCGAAAUGGGGAAGUCAAUCGGAAAGCGUGGACGUCACUUUGAAUGUGGAGCAGGCACUUUAUGCAAGGGACGCUCUGGCAAAGGACGUUUAUGCUAGGCUGUUCGACCAUCUCGUCAAAAAAGUUAACGCGGCAAUGGAGACCAACACGAACGGGUACGAGAUCGGAAUUUUGGACAUAUACGGCUUCGAGAUAUUCGAGAAAAACGGUUUCGAGCAGUUCUGCAUCAACUUCGUCAACGAGAAGCUCCAGCAGAUUUUCAUCGAGCUCACGUUGAAGGCGGAACAGGAAGAAUACAUCGCCGAGAACAUCAGAUGGACGCCGGUGGACUACUUCAACAACGCCGUCGUGGUCGAUCUCCUCGAAGGCAAGAGGCCGCCCGGUCUCUUCUUGGUGCUUGACGAUGUGUGCGCGACGCUGCACGGCGGGAGCACUGGCGCCGAUACCGAUUUGAAGAAGAAACUGGCGGGAGCGGCUAACCAACACGUCCAUUUCCAAGACACCGGCGACGGUUUCGCAAUUCUUCAUUACGCCGGCGUGGUGUCUUACUCCGUGGACGGAUUCUGCGACAAGAACCGCGACGUACUCUUCUUGGAUCUGAUCGAGUUGAUGCAGACGAGCACCAAUUGUUUGAUGCGCGAGCUUUAUCCGCGGGAUAAGGACGCCGCUAAAACAAAGACUCUGAAAUCGAGACCGACCACAGCGGGCAACAAAAUCCGAACUCAGGCGAGCCGCUUGGUCGGUCAGCUGAUGAAAUGCACGCCGCAUUACAUACGGUGCAUCAAACCGAACGAGACGAAGAAGCCGCGCGAUUGGGACCACCUGAGGGUCAAGCAUCAGGUAGAAUAUCUGGGUCUGAAAGAGAACAUCAGAGUGCGCAGAGCCGGGUUCGCUUACAGAAGACCGUUCGCCAAGUUUCUUCACAGAUACGCGAUUCUCACCAAAGAAACGUGGCCUCGUUGGCCCGGCGAUGAGAAGCAGGGCGUGGAGUGGAUAUUGAGGAGCGUUCACAUCGACAGAUCGCAAUAUCAGCUCGGCAAAUCGAAGCUGUUUAUCAAAGCGCCGGAAACUCUGUUCAUGCUGGAGGAAGCGCGUGACCGGAAGUACAACAUGUACGCGCGGAUCAUUCAGAAAGCCUUCAAGAAGUAUUUCGCUCGGAAGAGACAGGAGGAACAGAAACAGAAGGCCGCCGAUCUUCUAUUCGGUCACAAAGAGCGCAGACGGGCGAGUCUGAACAGGAACUUUGCGGUCGAUUACAUAGGGCUUGAAGGCAAACCGCAAACAAUGAGUCUUAUCGGAAGACGCGAAAAAGUGUUCUUCGCUGAAGUGGUGAAAAAAUACGACAGAAGGUUCAAGAUGAGCAGAAGAGAUCUGAUCCUCACCGGGAAAUGUCUCUACCUGAUCGGUCGAGAACAAAUAAAGAAAGGUCUCGAUAAGGGUAAAUCCAUCCAGGUUGUUAAAAGAAAGCUUCUAUUCGAUCAGAUUAGUCACGUAUCAUUAAGCACGUUGCAGGACAAUUUUGUAAUUAUUCACGUAAAGGAGGACUACGCCAGUUUGCUAGAAUCGGUAUUCAAGACGGAGUUUUUAUCCGCCCUCAGUAAAAAACAUCUGGAAGAGACCGGUCAUUCUUUGAACGUUAGAUUCGGCAACGAUAUAGAGUUCAAAGUGAAGAAGGAAGGUUGGGGUGGCGGAGGAACGAGGCUCGUGAAGUUCACGCAAACGGAUUACGGCAACAAGGAAAUUCUAAAACCGUCCGGCAAGAUUCUCCACGUCCACAUCGGUCCGGGACUGCCGAGCACGACGAAACCUAAUGCUAAUCGAUCAACGUUGUCCGGUCGGUUGUACAGCAACUCAUCGAUUUGUUCGACGCCGAAACUGUUGCAUGGCGAUUCAACUCCGCUCCCAAAUUCGAACAAUUCGGUCGCGACCGAAAGACCGUGUCUACGUCCGGUGGCGGCUACGAGGUUCGCGGCUGCUCAAGCAGCCUCAAACGGUAGACCGAAUAUUCCGCCGAAUCGUCCGAAUGUUCAACCUGUGCAGGUUCAGAAGAACGCGAGAAACGGAACGACUCAACCCAACAACCUGCGGAACAACAAACAAAUCCCAAUUAUGGGUAUGUUCGUCAAUCCCGCUGCCGGUCCUCGAGGUUUGCUCAAAUUUCCACCACCGCCCACGGAACCACCGCCGCCGCACGAAGCGACGACGGGUUUCAAGUUACCUUCCCUCGGCGACGAGCGUAACAACAAGGUUCCCGGUCAUCUCAAUAAAGGCAUGCAAACAUCCCAAGAAUGGAAUGUCAAACAAUCUAACGACGCGAUCGAGCGUGCGAGAAGAAGGGACGAUAGCGCCGCUUACGCGGUGGCGAAUAAAAAAAUGCCGCCCCAGAAACCGAAACCGCCGAGUUUGCCGACGGUCAAAGCUCUUUACGACUACGAACCGCAGGAUCUCGACGAGUUGGCUCUCCGAGAAGGAGACAUCAUAGAAGUACUCAAGACGCAUGAGGGAGGUUGGUGGCACGGAAGACUGAAAGGAAAAACCGGUCUGUUUCCUUCGAAUUACGUAGAAAAAGUGUGAAUCACAAUCGGUGAUCAAUCGAGACAAAGUCUUCCCCUCUUUGCUGGACUACGCGCGCGCGCGCGAAACGCCGCGUUAGGAAAUAAUAAUUAAUGUAUCUAAUAAGAAAGAAUACAUCGUACCUGUUACUUUCACGUAAUAUUUACGCUCGAUGAUAAUAAAUUUACUGCGAGUAUUUGUAAUUAAAUACGCAUUACGUACAGCGGAAAGACUGUCGAGAUGUCGAAAAGUCGAGGAAACAAAGUGUGAUAAUUUAUACGAGGAUGUUAUUUAUUUAAGAGAACGUCUGUCAAAACAUCUUAUAAUUGUCUGAACUCUCUCGAAAUAUCCAAAGAAAUGUUUUUCGUUGCAAUCUGUGGUGUGGUUUAGAAAAUUUCUAGGAAUACGUUCUCUCUCUCUCUCUUUGCUGAAGGAGAGAACGUCGAUAACAGUGUCGCUCUUUACAUAGUUGAUGUACACGAUGGAGAGAUUCGUAAAUUUGUAACUUUUUAUGUAAUGUACAAUCGGUACGUAGUCAGUGAAGUUUCUCUCACAGUUACCAAUGCGAGAUGACACGAGUAGUCAUAUUACAAUUUAAAUACGUAUGUAUAUACAAUGUCAUUGCCAUCCUCAAGAUAUGUGUGUGCUAGUAAAUCCAUAUCUCAAUCAA